AGCCCUGCCUUCAGCUGCCCUUGUAAUCAGUGCUCUGCCACUGCAUCUUGCUAAGGGAUUCGGAAGAGGCUGAUCCAACUUGCAGGGAAGAAAUCUUGUCCAUGUAUUGUCUCCACUCUGUUUUUUCUGAAUGAGGACAACUGAGGAGCUGUUCAGCUGCAAAAGGCAGAAGUGUUAGGAAGCAUCUAUCACCUAGACGUUUUGUCAUCAGGGAGAAGUGAAGAGGGAAGGCUUUCAGAAGUGGCACAAAGUUGAAGAUGGAUAUUAAGAGCAUGAAGAACUAUCUCUAUUGGCUGUACUGCCAGUUUGAACUAAUCACCUGCAGCUAUCUCAUGGAGCCCUGGGAAAAACUGCUCUUCUACACUUUCAACAUUACUAUGUUAGUUAUGGUCUUAUACACUGCUUACAUCUUUGUCCCUGUCCACAUUAGCACGGCUUUUCAAUUCUUCUUGCACUUAUUUGGAAACCAACAUGAAAAUACUGUUUCCAUCGUGAAGUAA